AUGACAGAAAAGUGUAGUUUGAGCCGACUCUCGGAUCUCACGCUGGCUCUUGUUGCCGUGACAGGCAUCACGCAGGAGAUGAUCAACGAGACGAGGGCCUCGACGGAGCGGAGGAUGCUGGGAGAUAUUCAGGAGCUGAUGAGACAGGGAGAGGAGGUCAGCCGGCAGGACGCCCAGGGAGCCACUCUGCUCCACGUUGCAGCAGCGAAUGGCUACGUACAGGCUGCAGAGCUGCUCCUGGAGGGCGGCGCCCGCAUGGACCUCAGGGACUCAGACGGGUGGCAGCCUCUCCAUGCCGCCGCGUGCUGGGGCCAGAUGCAUGUGGCAGAGCUACUGGUCUCACAUGGAGCCAGUCUCAACGCCAAGACAUUCCUGGAGGAGACGCCCAUUGAUUUGUGUGAAGAUGAGGAGUUCAGAAAUAUCUUGUUGGACCUCAAACACAAACAUGACAUCAUCAUGAAGUCACAGCUCAAGCACAAGACCUCACUGUGCAGGAGGACGUCCAGCGCAGGCAGCCGCGGUAAAGUGGUGCGGAGGGCCAGUCUGUCUGACAGACACAACUUGUGCCGCAAAGAGUAUGAGACGGAGGCCAUAGUGUGGAGAGGAGGCCGAGAGGAGCAGCACGAGCGGGAGAAGGACACCGACCAGGAGAACAGCCAAGUGCUCAAUGUGAAGCCCGUGAUAGAGCUUCCAGACAAAUCCAAACUGCCCGCCAUCCUCAAAGACAACCGGCAGAACGGGCUCAUCUCCACCAACGCCUCCAUGCCCUCACAAUCCCCACAGUCCCCACAGUCUCCACAGUCCCCCUCCAACGGCACUUCCCCCGGUCCAGACAAGUCCUCCCUGCCGUCCACACCCACUCAGGACGAGACCUGGCCCCGGAACCGGCCGCAGACUCUCUCAGAGCUGAAAAAGCAAAGGGCGGCGGCUAAACUCCUGAACCACCCUUUGUUCAACGGUCACCUCGGCAACGGCUCCACGGACUCCUUCUCCGACGCCAAAAACAUUUCAGACGACCCGCGUAUGCCGCUGGUCUCGUCCAAUGGCAGCGCGGUCUACUACACUCCUGCCAGUGGGGACCCGCCCCUUCUGAAACUGAAACAGCCGCUGGAAGAAGACGCGCCAAAGCCCAGAACCUGCUGCUGUGUGUCGUAG